AUGCACAGCUAUCAGUGUGAGAAAUACAACUACUCUUUUUGGUUGCACGGCGAUGAUGAAUGUGCGGAGUCGCGCUCCUUAAAUGCCGACAUGCCGCCCUACCAAAUGAACUGCGGACACGCUGAGGCCUCAGCCAUUGAGACACUUUCAAGCAUCUAUUACGAUAGCCAUUCGUCUCUUACACGUGAUAACGCAUCCAUCCCUACUGCCAUGUCAGAACCACCUGAAAAUAUGUGCUGCGGGAGCACCAGCUCAGCAGAUGACUUUGAUUUUGAUCAAUCCUACCGUCGACUUGUCCAAAAUGCCAAUUCACUUCGGGGAUGUGCCUACCUCCAAUCGUGUCAGCAUACAUCGUCAAAACAACUAACAAACCAACAACAAAAGCCAAAUGUUCUUUCAAGUGCAAAAGCGCAAGAGGUCGCCCAUGGCACCAAUUUGCGAAAAGCAACGGAUAGAGACUUUGAAAUGGAGAGAGAGCUACGACGACUGAGAAACAACGAGGCUUCCCGACGCUCGAGACGGGAAAAGAAGCGCCGGUUUCUUGAAAUUGAGCGCCGAGUUGAAGAAAUGAAAGCCUCAAAUAAACGCCUCUCGGAGUUCGUACUGGAGUUGGAUUCUAUCAUUGAGGAGGCCAAGGCGAUGCUCCUAGCCGUGAGAGCCCCCGGAGAGUCCUGCCUGUCCUCUCCAGGAGGAGAUAUAAACAACUGA